UACUAACGUACAUAAGGUUGGAGAAAUGCAGAAGCGUGGCGAUAUUUAGGUGGAAGAAAGAGAUAGGAUUUCUUCUAGUUUCCCUUAUCUUUUAAAUAAAAAAAAAUAAAUAAUUUGGGUUUCAUGGCUUGUCUAAGCUGCAGUCUCCCUUUACUUCAAACUCAUAAAGCGAUUUCCAAUUUCAGUGUAUUCCCCUUUAAAUCAGUUGCAAUAUGUUUACCAAAAUGUAAGGUGAAGUCUGUUCAUAUUCCAUCAGUUUCUGAAGCUUCUUCUCUUUCAUCUACUAAUUUGGAAGAAGAGGAGGACGACGAUCCCACUGCUGAACUUGUUUAUCUUGACCCUGAAAUUGAUCCUGAGAGCAUAUCUGAGUGGGAAUUGGAUUUUUGUUCAAGACCAAUUCUUGAUAUUAGAGGGAAAAAAUUAUGGGAGCUUCUUGUUUGUGAUGAUUCCCUCUCUCUUCAGUAUACCAAAUAUUUUCCUAAUAAUCUUAUCAAUAGUAUCACUUUGAAAGAUGCUUUACUAUCUAUAUCUAAUGACUUAGGCAUCCCAUUACCCGAUAAAAUCAGAUUCUUCAGGUCACAAAUGCAAACUAUUAUUACAAGAGCUUGCAAUGAACUUGCCAUCAAACCUGUUCCUAGCAAACGGUGCUUAUCACUUGUCCUUUGGCUUGAAGACCGCUACGAAACUGUUUAUACUCGCCAUCCUGGUUUUCAAAAAGGAGCCAAGCCACUUCUUGCACUUGACAAUCCUUUUCCAAUGGAACUUCCUGAGAAUCUGUAUGGAGAAAAGUGGGCUUUUGUCCAGUUGCCCGUUUCAGCUGUUCGUAAGGAAGUAUCUAACCUGGAGACUAGGUUGGUUUUUGGCUCAAGUUUGGACUUGGAUCUUCUGGGGAUCGAAAUUGAGGACAACACAUUGAUUCCUGGACUAGCAGUUGCAUCCUCACGUGCAAAACCAUUAGCAGCUUGGAUGAAUGGCUUGGAAGUCUGUUCGAUUGAAGCUGAUGUUGACAAGGCUUCGUUAAUUUUGUCGGUGGGUAUCUCUACCCGCUACAUUUAUGCGACUUACAAGAAAAAUCCUGCAUCCACAAGUGAAGCUGAAGCUUGGGAAGCAGCAAAGAAAGCCUGUGGAGGUUUGCACUUCCUUGCUAUUCAAAAUGACCUGAAUUCGGAUGAUUGUGUUGGAUUCUGGCUUUUGUUAGACCUGCCACCUCCUCCUGUAUAACUUGAUAAAUAGAAUACAAGGUUUUCCUUUGUACAUUCUCUUUUAUUUGCUCAUUUCCAGAAUGUAGAGAGGCAUCAUAGCAAUUAGACUGUAUUUGAGCUGAGAAUUUUCGUAAGAAAUGGCAACGUUUUGCUCUCUUUGCAUUUACUUCAAUGAAAAUGAUUGUAUCAGACAAUA